UCUCAUCUCUAGUUCGAUUUCUAUAGUCUAUGACUAACUGUCUGAUGAUUAUUGCGUUCUGUGGAUUGUUGCAAUGUCCAAUGUCUGGAAUGUCUGUUUUCGUUAAUACUUAAAUUACUGUGCGUUGUUUGUUGUGGCGUUAUGAUAGACAGAAGUGUAAUAGAAGAAAAAAAUUGGCGUUCAUUGAAAUACACUGUUAUCUGCUCUAACUAAUUUUGCGAUAUCUGUUGAUGGCUUACAGUUUCGAAUAAUAUUCUACAUCAAAUUAGACCAACAUGUCUGUAGCAUUUGCAGCACGCGGAAAUCGACCUCCUUUGAGCCCGGCGCAAAUUCAAAAGAUGUUAGAUGAAAAUGCUCAUCUUAUUCAAACUAUUCAAGAAUAUCAAUCAAAAGGUCAACUUAUGGAGUGUCAUCAAUAUCAACAAGUUUUACACAGGAAUUUAGUUUAUUUGGCGUCGGUUGCAGAUGUUAAUCAAAACAUUCAAAGCAUACUUCCGCCUCCUCAUCAAUUAGCAGCUGGCAACUCACAAGCACCACCAAUUAAUUCACCGUCUCCUAGUGGUGGUGAUGUGUCAGGAGGACCUCAAUCUUCAUACAGACCUCCUGGAGUGUCUACAACACCAACAAGACCAACACAAUCUUAUGGUCAACGACCAUAUCCGCAGAAUCAGUACCAAGGUCAAUAUCAAGGUGCUCCGGGUGGGUACCCUCCACAACCUGGUUAUGGACCACCUAGUCAAGGUUAUGGACCCCCUAAUCCUCCUCAACAGCCACAAGGUUAUCCUCCAAACUCGAACUAUGGUCCUCCUAUAACAACUACUCCAAGUAAUUAUCCACCAUCUACACACCCAGGCCCAGGGUAUCCUCCGUCAUCAGCACAGCAACCCUACGCACCACCUCCUGGCAGUCCAGCAGCUGCUGGAACACCCUAUCCUGUGCGUGGUGCUUCACAACCUGCUUACACUGGCAAUUCAGCCUAUCCACCAUCACAAACAGGUUCAAAUUAUCCCAAUGUAGGUGUUAGCACUUAUAACAAUUCAACUGGCUCUCAACCUCAACCAUACCAAUCUCAACCUUUUCCUAAUAGUACACCAACAUCAGCUUAUAGUACUACUCCUACAUCACAGCCAAAUCGAUCUCCACAGCCUCCACCCACUGGUUAUUCAGCACAAAACCCUCCCACUUCUGGUUAUGGAUCUCCAUCAGCUCAAUCUCCUACAUAUAAUUCUAGUUCGCAUGGUAAUAAUGCUCCUCCAACAUCGGUAGCAUCUGGGGCGCCAACAUCAGGUGGACCGCCAAGUCAACAAUACCCCCCGCCUGGACAGGCUUCUCCUUACCCACCAGCUACUCAGCCUCCUUACUCAAAUCCGUCAUCGCAACCAGGAAGCCCCGCACCAUCAGUUUCUACGGCACCACCUCCUCAAGGGUCAUACCCUCAAAAUCCCCAAAAUUAUCCUGCUGCAGGAGGUGGUUAUCCGCCUCAUGCUUAUCAACAAGGUUAUCCCCCAGCGCAAUAUCCUCCAUCGCCGUAUCCAUACGCCCGCGCUCCAACACCUGGAGCUCCACCCCCUGGUGGGCCACAACCUUAUCCUGGCUAUGGUUUUCAACCACCAACUCAACAGUAAAAUGGUUGUAUUUUUAACUUCAUAUUAAUAGGAAUAUCUAUAUUUUUAUUCUUUGAUAACUGGAUUUGUUUUAGUUGAUAGGAAUAAUGCAACAGAAAUGUACCCGAAAAAUUAUAAUUGAAGGAUUGUUACAGAUAAGACUAUUUUUGAAAGCAACAUGGUCUUUAAGGACAAAAAUGAAUUUGUUAAUAAGGCAUUGCAACUAUACUUAUCAAUAAUCGUAUAUUUAUUAUCUAAUUACAAAUAAGUUUUUUCUAAUUAUUAUUAGGUAUAUGUAGUAAUUAUUAUUAAGAAAUGAUCAUAAUUCACAGGAGCAGAUGCCAUACAUCUGUUGCAUAACAUUGCAUUACUUUAUUAGAAAUACUUUCGCGCAAGUCGCGCGCUCUAUGAACCACUUGUUCCAGAGAUGCUCUUCUGACCUAAAAUCAAUUGGUAGAUUUAAAAUAAAAACCCGUUGCCCCACUAGCAUUAGCUCCUAUUGUGGUUGCGUUUAAAAACAUACGGUAAAACGGGGUGAAUAGAUGUUAUAACAUUUUCGCAACAUUUAUUCGCCCCUCUUCUUAUCUAUUCACCCCUUUUUACGGUACUAUUUCACAUACACAUGAUACCCAGACCUAAAAAAAUGUUUAGACCUCACAAAGAUUAAUCUGUACCUACAUUUAAUAAAUUAAAAAAAAUAUAAAUCAUUUGCUCCUAUUGGUCGUUACUUUACCUAUUAUUAGUUUUAGAAAAUAUAUUUGUCAAAAUGUCUGUAUUCAUCCCUGUUGAUUGGAUUGUGUGGACUCUAAAUAAUUAUGCGUGUGCAUAUUUACUGUUGUACAGUUUACUUUAAGUAUAAAUAAAUGUAUCCAGACAGUUCAUACAAGUGCAGAGUUUAUAAACAUUUAGAUUUUGACUGAAUUCACGAUUGGAUCUGUCCGUUUUUUUAACUAGAAAACGUAAGAAUUAAAUAAUUCUGCGCUGGUAAAUAGAACUUAUGAAUAGGUUUUAAUAAUUUAAGAUGUAAGUGCUUGGAAAGUGAAAUAUUACUCAUUUGCUCAUACAGCACCUAUCUGGGUGCUAAGACAUAGUAUCGAACUAUAUUUUAAUCAAUAAAACCGUUUAAUAAAAAAUUGGACAAUGUUCAUGGCAUAAAUAAGAACAAUCUAUGAACUAUUAUUUUAUUAUAAUAUAAGAAUGAAAUAUGUUUGCUUAAUAUUGUAGUCUGACAAGAAGUCUGAUGUGGUAAAAUAAAAACUUAAUUUGUGAUAA